AUGAAAUAUCCAGGCGGCAAUCCUUCCACAAUGUUCUGCGAACAGGUCAGCACAGUAACGUCGCUCUUCGAGCAGUGGAACGACUGCGAGCGUACGGUCGUGCUGUACGCGCUACUUAAACGUGUACCCUUCGCGAACCUUAAGUUCCUGCAAGUUUCGAUCGAUUAUAACCUCGCACAGAACUACAGCACCCAGGCAAAGUUGCAACAACUGGAAACGAAGGCUAACAGCACGGCGCUACUGACCAAGCUGGUGCAGCGGUACUAUCAGCUAAGCGGACACAGCACCGAAACCGCUACGUUACUGAUUGGAGGUGGUACCAAUUUGAACAAUAAUAACACGAACAGCGUGAAUAAUAAUCUCAAAGCGAUCACGGACUCGUCCUCGUUGUAUGAGCUGUUGAAGAAAUCCACCACUGCCGAGGGAGCAACAGUGGUCGCGAAAGAAUCUCCCAUUACCGUGACUCCGGCUGCAACGGUUCCCUCGUCGACAGGGGUCGUCGCACCAGCAGCAGCAACGCAACAUCUUCUCGCGAAGGGCCAUGAGCAGCAGCAACGGGAGCCGGAGACAAAGGAAGAUAUUUUGAAGGAUAUCCUCAUGUACCUGCCACUUCUAGCACCUGGCAACGAUGAAGCCAAAAGCAUGUACAUGUCCCUGAUACCGGUGGCAGUGGACGAUGCCUGUAGGCAGCUUGUCCCUACCGAGAUCGUCCAACAGACGCUCUCCUACCUACUGAUACAUCCCGCCAUCACAAACGACGAUCGACGGGUGCUCAGCCACUGGCUCCGGUUUUUGGAAGAUUUCAUUUCAACGUCCUACCUUCCGCCACCAGCGUCGGCCACGGUCUUGAAAAAUCGAAAUUACUUCAACCUGCAGCAGCAAACUGUCCAUUCCAAUGGCAGUAGCACCGGAAGCAGCAUCAACAACGCUAGUACUGGCACUGCGGCGGUAUCGAGUACCAUCCCGCACGUACAGUAUCUCUCCACCUCGACCAGCUCCUCCAAUGGAGGCUUGGGCGUGAAUUCCUGGUCAAACGGAGGCUCCACUGGAUUACCAGCGACGCCAGGCCCAGGAAUAAUGCCUUCUUCCUUGGCACACCAUCAUCAGCCUCCGAUGGCGGCGCAGUCGAUUCUAUCGAAAUCCCAGCAAUGCCUGAACCAAACUGCAUCCACCGGCACAAGCGGUACGGUCAACAGUAACAGCAGCAAUUGUCAUAUCAAUAGCAGCAGUAGCUCGAGCUCGAGCUCUUCCAGCUCGACCACCAGCUCUAGUUCGUGUCUCGAUAGUACCGCUUCGCAGCUGCUUAAAUCGGCCGGCUCUCCUAGACUGGGACAGCAGCAGCAGCAACCUGCCGAGUGGGCAACGGAUCGUGCCGAGGAUGCAAAACCAAUAAACGAGUUCAGUAAAACGAUCGGACAAAGCUUGCUGACAUCUAGUCAACCUCUGCUGGUGGGAAGCACUGGUAACAAUGGUGGUCAUACGGGCAGCGGAGUCAGUCCUGCCGGUGCUGGUGGCGGAAUUAGCGUGAAUCUUCAGCUGCACAGCCAACUUCAUCAACAACGGCCUACGAUGACGGGUAUGGCGGUCACGGAUAGUGCUACCAGCGAUAACCAUCAUGAUCUCAUGGCCGUUACGGAAUCCCUGCUAUACGAUUCCACCGAAGAAGAUCACAUUUCGUUCAGCAAGAACGGUACCGAGAUAUAUGACAACGAUUGUGAUUUCGACAACGAGGACGAGUUUAAUUUUAUGGCACGCAGCGCGGCUGCCAUUCGGGCAGCCGAGGCAUCCAUGUCCCCCCGUGUGACCAUUCCGGCUGGUUCCGGAGCAUCGGGAGCCGGGGGACCUUCGACGUCGGGAAGUAAAAAGCUGGUUUCGUUCGAUAGUAACGUGGGUGACUUUCUGCGCGUGCCGCUUCUCGGUAAUUUCAGCGCGCAGUCUCAUCUUCUGGGACACGGUGGCAGCGCAGCUAGUAGCGGCAUGUUCGACCAUGAUCUGGAAGGUGCGCUGCUGAAAACGCGUCGCUCUAAUAGCCUGACCACGCCGACUACUUUGUCCGCGCUCAGUGUGGGCGAACUGCACGCCCAGCAAAAGCAGAGCAACGAAUGCCUGUCGGCGGAGAACCUAACUAACUUGCAGCUAUUGCAGAACAAACCACGCAGCUUUUCGCUGACGAUGGAAAGUCCUCGAUCGUCUUUGGCCUCAAGCGGGUCCGAUACGCAGCUGGACGACUACAAGCAGGGUGCGGGCCUGAUGAAGCUAUACGGUGGACAACCGAACAUCGGGAUGUCCAGCAUCGCGCACUGGCUAAAGAGCCUUCGAUUGCACAAGUACGUUUGGUUGUUCUCUAACUUGACGUACGAGAAGAUGCUCGGCAUUACGGAGGAGUACCUGCAGAGCCUUGGUGUAACGAAGGGCGCGCGCCACAAGCUAGCCAUCUGCAUUCAGAAGCUGAAUGAGCGCUUCGGUGUGCUGCUUCAGCUCGAAAAGGAUCUGAUCGCGGGACAGAAGGCUCAGCUCGGUGCAGUGCUGGAGGAACUGACGAACAUUGUGCUCACGCCUAUGAAACCGAUUGGCAUGGACCAACCGGAAGACGUUGCCGGCCAGUUUGUAAAAGUGUUGGAUCUAGUCGGUUCCAUCAUCGUUAUGCGGCCGAUUUGCAGCCAGCAGGAUGAAGAGUACCUGAACAUAUUCCUGUGGAUCGUGGAGCGCGCCCUGCACAACGACGCUUUCAUUGCGCAUUCUGCACAGUUGAAGGAGCACAAGUACAAGGUAUCGAAGAUUAAGAUGCAUGUUGCACCGAAGAGCGGACAUUUUACUAAAAGCGUGAACGUGACUGGACCCGGUAUAAAUAUGAAUAAACCCAGAUGGUCUGCAAAUAACAAACACAAAACGGUGAACAUGAACGAACCACCUGUGAAGCCACAUCGCAAGAGCUCGAUACCGUAUUUUGUGCCACCAGGCCAGCAACAGGCAUUAUGUCCAUCGCAAUCCCACUCCCACUUACAGGGUGGAUCGGCACAGAUCAUGACAACGCACCAAUAUUUCCACCACAGUGGAGCAGCAGGUAGCAGCAAUUCCCACAACAGUACAGCCAGUUACAACAAAAGCUCGUCAUACCCGAGUUUCGCAUCCAGCCUGCAUGGUGGCGGAAGUACUGGCACCAUAAAGCCGAUGGGCAGUAACAACCCGUCCGUGCAGCAAUCCAGUCACCACCAACAGCAACCGCAGCAGCAGCAACAGCAGCAGCCGUCACAUAACCAAAACUCUCAAACCGCCCCUACACUGCAGCCACCGGCCAUGCAGCACCCGAAUUUCAUGUUUCAUCGACACUCGUUGAGCAACAUUACGCACCACCAUCACAAUGCCACUCCGCUUGGUCCACCACCGGCCAUUUUUCUGACCAAUAUCUCUGGUUCGGUGACGGGCGAAAAUCGAGCAACCGGACCGAAAGCGGUCGAUAGCGGCCCUGGCAAGACUGCUGCCGUCACAGUGAAGCAACUUACCGGGCUGGGAGGACUGGUAGGAUCCGGCGAACAGCCGCACUUGCUCAAAAAUGACUGUACCUCGAAGGAGGUGCGUACCAGUGGUCAGAGCAACAUCAGCGGCAGUAACAGCAACCAGAACAGCAGCAUUGUCGACAUCAAUUCAAGGCUCGAGUUUCUCUGUCGGCAAAUGACGGAGCAAGCGAUCAAUUAG